CCCUGCAAUAAAUCAAAUCAAACAUCAUUGCCAAAAAGCCCUGAAAACACCUCCAUGCAUUCGUGAUCGAUGAAAGUUGGCGUUCGAGCACUAUGUUGCCGCUAACAUAGCCAGCUCCGAAUAUUUAACAACAACCAUCGACCUGGGUCCUAAAUUCAAGAAAUGGAGGUGCAGCGGAUGAGGGAGCUUUUGACACUUUGGUCAACGUUGCAAAUUAACCGCGUUGCCCUUGUGGGUGGAAACCACACCGCCGCAAGAUUUUGCACUCGCUAAUAAUUAAUAAUAAUUAUUACUUUCCCUCCCCCCUCUCUGCAAACCUUUUUCUUCUUCUUCUACACAUUCAUUCACUCUCUCACCAACCAUGAAAACACGUUACGCCUUGCCGCUCUUGGCCUUCACGUUCGUGUUCGUUGCUUCAUUUUUAGUCGUAGCCAGAUCUUCCUUGCUUCACCAACUCUCUUCCACCAUGCCUCAUUCCAUCAACACCCACCAUCUUUUCUCCCUCUUCCUCCGCCAACCCAAACCGCUUUCCCUCGAUAACGCAGUCGCGCCGAGAAAGCUUUGCGGUUACACGCGCGAGGCGAAGAAAGCGGCGUUGCAGAAGCUGGAGGACGUGCUUCUGGAGCCUCCAAGAGCGGCUUCGGGGAAGUCAUCAAGGUACAUGAAGCGCACCAAGUACUUGCCGGAUUUGAUGGGUGAUUCUCUUGAGAGUUACCCUCGGCGUGUUUUCAUCGAUGUGGGGCUUCCGGAGAAAAAGGGAACGGAUUGGUUCGCGAAGAAUUACCCGACGAGGGGGAACACGUUUGAGAUAUAUAACAUAGAGACGGUGGCGGUGGAGAUGGAGAUAGGGAUGUCGGAUUGGGUGAGGAAGAACGUGAAGGAGGAGGAGUUUGUGGUUAUGAAAGCUGAGGCUGAGGUGGUGGAGGAGAUGGUGAAGACUGAUUCCAUUGGGCUUGUGGACGAGCUUUUCUUGGAGUGCAAGCCCAAACGAAACGGCGACACCAGUCGAAGGGCUUAUUGGGAGUGCCUUGCGUUGUAUGGCAAGUUGAGGGAUGAGGGUGUCGCAGUGCACCAAUGGUGGGGUUAAUGAAUGUGUGAGUGUGUGUAGAUGGAGACAGAGAGAGAGUGAAGUCGCUGAGGAGUUUCAUCAUCAUCGUUUUUCAUUUUUAUUUAACACUUCGUUUUAUCUGGUUUGAGUUGUGGAAGGGGACGUGGAACAGCAUGCGUAAACGAUCGACCCUCGGAUGGACUAUGGAGGGAGAAUGUGUGCUGAACCAGGGUUAAUUGGAGGGGUCAUAUAUAUAUAUAUGAGUAAAUCAUAUAUGUAUAAGUAUAAUAAAAGGUUUAGUUGGUGCUUUCCUUCUUUCAUGUUUUACUUUUUGUCACUGUUAAGUGUUAAGAUCAUAUUGUGUAUAGUUGUAUUUCAAGAGUUAUAUAUUGCCAAUACAACAUACAACAUUUUUUUAUAUUAUAUUAAUCAUUC